AUGCCGAAACCAUACAAUAAACCUCAAAGGCGUAGAUCUUUUAUUGGACAAUGGGACAAAACUACCAAAGUGGUGAAUGUCAAACAAAAAUACUAUGUUAAUGAGGUUGAUAAAUACACAGAUAUUCAAAAAGCAACUUUUACUCGCUGGGUCAACAUUCAGUUACGCUCGAUUCAUCAAUAUGAUUUUUUAAACUCCGACAAUAAUUCAUCGAAUCCAAAUGAAAGUUUAGCAAAUAGACUACCUGAAAUUAAAGCAAUUGAUAAGGAUUUCAGAGACGGUACUAGAUUGAUUGAAUUGUUGCAGGUUCUUUAUGAGGGUGACUCAGAAUUACCGAAAUGCGAACGUGGUGGUAAUACAAGACAUCAUCAUAUUGCAAAUGUCAGUAAUGUUUUAGACUUUUUGAGAAAUCGUUUGGAUGAGUCGGGUCUGGCUGCUUUACAAGCCAUCGGACCCGUUGAUAUUGUUGACGGUAAUGUGAAAUUGACAUUAGGUUUAAUUUGGCUGGUUAUUUCAAGGUUUCAUCAAAUGGUCAGUGUAUUUGAAGAAGUAGUAACCGAAGAAGAGUUAGCAACUGCCAAAGCUCAAUCUAGACUUUUAAAUGGCGAGGUUGAUAAUGAUGACGAUGGCGGUAAUAAAAAAAAUAAAAAAAAUCAUAAUUCUAAUAUGUGGUUUAAUUUGGAUAUUGAAUCAAUUGAAUCACAAAUCGAUAAAUUAGAAUUAAUUAUCAAGAUUAAUGAUGAUGGUGAUGGUGAUGGUGUUAACAAUAACGGGGAUGGUGAUAACAAUAAUGAGGAUGGUGAUAUUAAAGAUGAAGUUGAAAACAUGAAUAGAAAUAUUAAUAAUAACAAAAAUUCAAUUCGUUAUUCAAGAAUGUUUCUGAAUCCAAGACAAAGUCUCAAUGUUGUAAACAAUUAUAAUAAACGAAUGUCAUUACCAGCAACAGCCAAUAAAGAUUUUCAACUUCCGCCUAAAAGAUUUCGUACAUUACGUUUAAAUGAUUCUUCUAUGUCAUUAAGUUCUUCAUCUGGUUUAUUGUUUUGGUUGAACAUGCAACUUAUUGAUUAUGCAUCCGUAUUACCUUCAAGCUCUUAUCCAAUAGAAGAUUUUACAGGUUUAAAUGAUGGUGUAUUAUUAUCUGCAUUGAUUCAUCAUAAAAAUAUGGAAUGGUUUGAAGAUUUUGAUUUAUUUAUUAAAGAUCUACCUAAUAAAGAUGCAUCAUCAACAACAAAAUUUGAUGAAGUCGAAACAGCAGCAAAAGAAAGAUUACAAAAAUGUUUUAACAUAAUAGAUGAAAAACUAGAUGUGAAACCACCCAAAUCUUUGGUUUCCAUAUUAAUUGAAAAUAAUAAUCAAUUGAGUAAAGAACAGAUUAAAAGUAGAACUGUUGAUGAUGAUAAUAAUAAUAUUUCAAGAGAAUAUUCUGAAUCUUCAACAGCAAUAGAUCUGGUUUCGCCACAAUCUACUUUAUUUGAUGAAUCAUUAGAAGAAGGGUAUUCUCCAUAUUCAACUACGAAAAGUUUCUCAAUGGCAUGUUCACCGUUAUCACCGUUACCACCGUGGUCGCCUAAAAGAUUAUUAGUGACCGCCAUAGUGGAUUGGGCUGUAAAUUGGAUUGUUGCUACUAACAGUAGUGGUGAUUAUGGUAAUGAUAAUAGGAAUUUAAAUG